UAUAUUUGAGAAUGGUAAUUAAUCGUCUUGAAAAAUUAUUCGUCACAAAUGACACAGCUUCAAUUCUCAACAAAUUAGAGGACCAAUAUCCUGCUGCCCGUAUUAUUCAUCUGGCUGCUUAUGUGCAAGAAAAACAAAUGGGCUUUUAUUCAAACACAGUCGUGAUUUUUGCUGCUUCUUUGUUGGAACAGGCUUCGCAGUUGCUUUCUAUGGGACUUAAACCGAGUGAAAUUGCUUCUGGCUAUGAAAAAGCAUUGGCUAAAGCUGAAGAAAUUCUCACUGAUUCAAAAAAUGUCCACAAUCCAAAAUUGGUUAUUGGGAAAGCCGAGGAUUUGUACAACGUGGAUCUGGUUAAAACUUACCUACUCCCGUCAAUUACUUCGAAACUGGCUGGAAACCAUGAUUUUGUUGCUGGAUUGGCUGCUGAUGCUUGUGUUGAAAUUGUUCCAAAGCCUGUGCACAAUUUCAACGUGGUCAACAUUGGAAUCUGCAAAAUUCUUGGUGGUGAUGUUUCUUCUAGUUUUAUUGAAGAUGGAUUGAUCUUCAAAGGAGGAGCUGAGGGAAAGGUUAAGCAGGCUACAAAUGCUAAAGUCGCAAUUUUUGCCUGUCUUUUUGAUUUAACACAAACUGAAACUGAGGGCACUAUAUUGAUGAAUACAGAAGAGACUAGUGUUGAACAAAAAGUGAAGGACAUGGCGGAGGCUGGAAUUUCUGUAGUUGUUGCUGCUGGAAAAUUUGGGGACCUUUACAUACACUUUUUGAAUAAAUACAAAAUUAUGGGUGUCAGAUUAACUUCAAAAGCCGAUUUAGACCGCCUUUGUAAAGCUUUUGGUGCAAAAGUUCGAGCUGUUAUUUGUGCUCCACCAGAAGGUUCUUUGGGGAAAUGUGACAAUGUUUCCGUAAAGGAAAUUGGAGAUACUCAGACUGUCAUUUUUGAUAAACAAUCAUCUUCCAAAGCGGCAACCGUCAUUGUUAAAGGCUCUUCUCAAUCUAUUUUGGAUGAUGCUGAACUUGCAAUUGAUGAUGGAGUGAAUGCUUUUAAGGCUUUAACUAAAGACAAACGGUUAUUGGCCGGUGCUGGUGCAACAGAAAUUGAAUUGUCCCGUCGAAUUCAACUUUUUGGAGCAACUCAAUCUGAACCUAAACAACACUCAAUUAGUAAAUUUGCUACAGCAUUGGAUGUCCUGCCUAAACAAUUGGCUAAAAGUUGUGGAAUGAAAACUACAGAGGCUUUGGCUAAUUUGUAUGCUGCUCAUCAAAAUGGAUCAACUUAUGAAGGAAUUGAUGUUUCAAAUUCAAAAUUGGUUGAUGCGAAAGAAGCUGGAAUUUAUGAUCUAUUUAAUGGAAAAUUGUUGGCACUAAAAUUGGCGACAAAUGCUGCUUGUAAUAUUUUGAAGAUUGAUCAGUUAUUACCUGGUGGUGGAGCAACAAAAAUUGAUUUAUCUGGGGAAACUCAACGUUUUGCUGAAUCCCAAUUCAGACUUAAACAAUACUCAAUUAAAAUAUUUGAAAAUAAAUUGAGUAAAUUUCUUCAAAAAAUUCAAAAAAAUUCAAAAAAUCUUCAAACAACACAAAAUAAUGAUCUUUAUCCACUUUUUGAACUUACCAGCAGUGGAAAAAGAAAAGCAACUUUUAAUGGGUUCCAAUAUCACCAUUCAUAUGAUGGUGAUUCUCACGUUGUUUACCGGUGUAUUCAUCAAACAACAAAUAUUAACUGUAAAGGUGUACUUCAUUUGAAAAAUUGUGAAGUUAUCAACCAACCUCAGCACACAUGUGAACCAGUUGUUCCAGCAGAAUCUUCUCUCUUCUUUUCUAAACAAAAUUCAACACACAACACACCUCUUCCAUCACAACAACAAAAUUUGUCUCCAAAUAUUUCUGAAGAAGAUGAGAUUGUGCCAGAACCUCACAAUUCACCAAUUCUCAAAGAUAUCCAAGAACAACAACAAUUUGCUUCAACUUCUUCAAAAUCUACUGCUAAAGGAGCUUCUUCUAUUCAACAAACUACAUCAAGAAUGCAAACACGAUCAAUGGCCAAAGAAUCUUCAAAAAUCUAUUCAUCCUCCUCCAAUUUGCCUCCAAAAAGAAUUUUUUCUUCGAUCUUGGGUGAAAAGGAAAAUGUUGCGGAAUAGCCCUUAAAUAUAUUUUUUGCUUUUAAAUAUAUGUAUGAAAGAAAUUUAUUUUU